GCUUUAGCUGAGGCCCUUAGAAUGAACGCGGCAAAAACUGAUCAAGCACCUGGAUUAGAGGUACGAGCGGUCAAGAAUGAAAUCGAAUCCAACGUGAACAGCGCCCAAAACUUGCUGAACUUGCCACGCACUUUUUCACGGCAAAGCGCUCGAUUUGAGCUUCCCUUGGACACCAGCACUUUAGAACGUAUGACACCACUGGAAUACAUAAAUCAGCAUGUUAUCGUGACGAGAGAUAGGAGACUCUUCUACAAUUUGGUGUUUGAAUGCAAUGAACAAAACGUCGAAAUGACCAGAAAGGAUGCCCUGCAUUUGACAAAGCGGUACAUGGACACUCAGAGAAUUAAACCAGCUUUAAGUCAGAUGAUGGGUCGGCAGCUGUCAGAAGAAGAUCUAAGCGAUUUCGAGAGGUUGGUUGGUUGGCAGGACGUUCAGUCGAUCGAUUUCAGAACUUGGAGUGGAAUCAGCGCUUUGUGUGAAAGAUUACUCGGGCCAAAAUAUUGCACUAAAUAUCCCUCGAAAGAGGAGGAUCGAUGUCACGAUAUAGAGAAGGCGGAUUUCGAUACUCUCGAUAGAAAACUGAAGCUUUUCAAAAUCGGGCCAAGACUUUCCGAAAUAUUGACUAAAAUCAAGGACUCCGGAUAGUUCAUCAGCCAAGGGGAAUCUUCAUCCCUACAGCGCGUCGAGGAAUGACGGCUAACUGAACCUUGGGGAGAGGCUCUACACUCUACAGCACCCGCAAGAACGCCUUCAAUAUCACGUGUCUGCAACCCCAUGACAAAGGAGUCUAAAUAGUUGCAGCUUGAAAUUGAUGAAGGGGUUUCAUCUCGGGGGCCUCCCACAUAUUAUGGUAGGUGUGACUUUGCGAGAUAUAGCUUUGUCGCGUCAGUUAUAUGUAUUCAACGAAAGAUAAACAAUUGGUUGUGACCGUCCACGAGAAAAUAACUGCCAGCAAUUUUUUAAAGGAAUUGUUUUAAUGGCAUUGAAUUUUCAAAUUCAACGCCGUCUGAUCUAUAG